AAAAAUUUUAGACGAAACAAUAAUCAGUCAAAUAGACCCUUUAGAAAUAACAGAAGACCUAGAUCAAAUUUCUAGAGGAAAUUCAGCAGAGAUGAUAAUGAUCGUGAUAACAAUAAUCAAUGUAAAUGGCAUUUUAUAGACUAUCCAUUAUAUAGCAGAUAGAAGACCAUUCAAAAGAAGUUUUAGAUUCAAGAAGUCAGGUAAAUUUGAUUCAUUCAGGACUGGCAAAAGAAGAUUCAGAAAGCUGUCUGAAAACAAAGGUGAAAAUUUAGAAAAUAAAUUGGACAAACAAUUAGAAUAAUAUAAGAGUGGACAAUAAGUAGUAGGAAAUAGUGCAUCUUCUAAAUUAGACAAUGCUUUAGACUCAUAUUUCUCUAGGAAAGGAUCGAAUACAAAAGAAAAUAAUUUAGAUAGAGAAUUAGAAAGUUAUUGGAAAAAAAAUAAUUGAUAAAUGUUAAAAUAUUCAAUAUAAUCAAAAGAUAUAUAACACAAGAACA